AUGGCAGCAUCAUUGGCAUGCCUUAUUGGGAAUAGUUUAUCUACACACAGUAAUAAAGUAAAUAUUCACAAGGACAUAAAUGGAAGACAUAUCUUCUUUUCUUGGGGACAUUCAUUGUUGAAAAGAGCAUCAAAAACUAUAUUAGUCAAGGGCAAGGCAUCUUCGGAUCAAAGGGAACAUGAAGGGAGAAGAGGAUUUCUGAAAUUAUUGAACCUGACAGUUGGCUUACCCGCAUUAUUAGGAAGCGCAAAAGCUUACGCUGAUGAACAAGGGGUUUCAUCCUCCAAAAUGUCUUAUUCUAGGUUUCUCGAGUAUUUGGACAAAGACAGGGUUAAAAAAGUUGAUCUGUAUGAGAAUGGAACUAUAGCUAUUGUAGAGGCUAUUUCUCCCGAGUUAGGUAAUAGGGUGCAGCGAGUGCGAGUUCAACUUCCUGGACUUAGCCAAGAGCUUCUUCAGAAGUUCAGGCAAAACAACAUCAACUUUGCAGCUCAUAAUGCCGAAGAAGAGUCAGAUUCCUUGUUUUCAAACCUGAUUGGAAAUUUGGCUGUCCCUGUAAUUGUGAUUGGAGGACUGUUCCUUCUCUCACGACGGGCAUCUGGAGGGAGGGCUGGUCCCGGGUCUGGCUUUCCUUUUGCUUUUGGUCAAUCUAAAGCCAAAUUUCAAAUGGAACCGAAUACCGGAGUUACAUUUGAUGAUGUUGCCGGGGUAGAUGAAGCCAAGCAGGAUUUUGUGGAGGUAGUGGAGUUUCUAAAAAAGCCUGAGAGGUUCACUGCUAUUGGAGCUCGCAUACCGAAAGGAGUUCUUCUUGUUGGUCCCCCGGGGACUGGGAAGACUCUAUUGGCCAAGGCUAUUGCUGGUGAAGCUGGUGUUCCGUUUUUCUCAAUCUCUGGUUCUGAGUUUGUUGAGAUGUUUGUUGGUAUUGGUGCUUCCCGAGUUCGUGAUUUAUUCAAGAAGGCCAAAGAGAAUGCUCCUUGUAUUGUUUUUGUUGACGAAAUUGAUGCUGUGGGGAGGCAACGGGGUGCUGGAAUUGGUGGAGGGAAUGAUGAAAGGGAACAGACCCUUAACCAACUUUUGACAGAAAUGGAUGGAUUUGAGGGUAAUACUGGAAUCAUUGUCAUUGCAGCAACCAACAGGGCGGACAUUCUUGAUUCCGCAUUAUUGAGACCGGGACGGUUCGAUAGACAGGUAUCAGUUGACAUUCCAGACAUUCGGGGAAGGACUGAAAUACUAAAGGUUCAUGCUGCUAUAUUAACUGGUCGGCGCGGAAAGACGGAAAUUUCAUCAAAAGAGAUUGACGAUUCUAUUGAUAGGAUUGUGGCUGGAAUGGAAGGAACAGUGAUGACAGAUGGGAAGAGCAAGAAUCUAGUGGCAUAUCAUGAAGUUGGGCAUGCCAUUUGUGGAACUUUGACUCCUGGUCAUGAUCCUGUACAAAAGGUAACCCUUGUUCCCCGUGGGCAAGCUCGGGGUCUCACUUGGUUCAUUCCUUCUGAUGACCCAACACUAAUCUCCAAACAACAACUCUUUGCAAGAAUUGUUGGUGGACUCGGCGGAAGAGCAGCAGAGGAAAUUAUUUUUGGUGAGCCCGAGGUUACAACUGGAGCAGCUGGUGAUUUGCAGCAAAUAACCAGUUUGGCUAAACAGAUGGUAAUCACAUUUGGAAUGUCCGAUAUUGGUCCUUGGUCGCUUAUGGACGGCUCAGGUCAAAAUGCAGAUGUUAUAAUGAGAAUGAUGGCUAGAAACUCAAUGUCAGAAAAGCUUGCUGAAGACAUUGAUUUUGCUAUCAAGAAGCUCUCAGAUGAAGCAUAUGAAAUUGCUUUGAAGCAUAUAAGGAACAACCGUGAGGCCAUCGAUAAAAUUGUGGAAGUCCUACUGGAAAAAGAGACAAUUACCGGAGACGAAUUCAGAGCUCUCCUUUCUGAGUUCGUUGAAAUUCCACCCAAAAAUGCGGUCUCUCCUUCAACUCCCUCACCAGUUUCUGUUUGA